AUGUCCUCAGCCAAGGUCCCCGAAAUUGCCACAGGCUACGCCUUGGAGCCGGCAGACAAAUUUCCCCUUACUGACGAAUGUAAACACUACGAAGGCAGACAUCAAGUGCCGUGGGAUAUACAAAAGUCCAAGCCCGCUCACCACACCGCAUACUCCAUAUUUUCCUGGUACGACGAAGGCGUGUACCUCACAGAUGACGCCUGGUUCGGCGUCACACCAGAGCCAGUAGCCAAGGAAAUGUGCGCCACAGACGCUUCAAGGGACACCCUCAUAGACGCCUUUGCUGGUGCCGGAGGCAAUACCAUCGCCUUUGCACUCACAGGCCGCUGGAAGCGGAUCAUUGCCAUUGAACGCGACGCCUCAACCCUGGCUUGUGGCCAGAACAACGCAGAGCUCUACGAGGUAGACCCUUCAAUCGUCACGUGGAUUCACGCAGAUAGCUUUCAGUACCUGGAGCUUUUGCACAACCGGCCCGAGGAACUUCAUCCAGACGCGAGGGUCGACGUGAGCAAGACGGUGGUGUUUUCGAGUCCGCCGUGGGGAGGCCCGGGGUACAGGACGGAUGAGGUGUUUGACCUGAGCAACAUGCAGCCCUACAACCUGGAUAUGUUGCAUUCGGCAUACAGCAGCAUGGACCACGUGUUGUAUCUGCCGCGGACGAGCGACAUUCGGCAGAUUGCAAAGUUGGCGCCAGAGGACAGGAAGGUGGACGCUGUGCAGUACUGCAUGGAGGGCGCCAGCAAGGCUUUGGUGGCGUACAUUCCCAGGUGCAAAGCUAGAGGAUCAUGA